CUCCGUCGACGAGGCAUUCUGCCUUUACGAGCAACCUGUUUAGACCAUCUUUUGCUUACAAUUAAGGCAUUUUUCCUUCUUUUAAAAAUUCAUUAUGAGAGAAGUAAUUUCCGUUCAUGUUGGGCAGGCCGGUGUGCAAAUCGGUAAUGCAUGCUGGGAGCUCUAUUGUUUGGAACAUGGCAUUGGACCUGAUGGUUAUCCUUUGGAUAAGACAAAUCAGACACCUUACGGUACCAGCUACCGCGAUGAUGGCUUCGCUACUUUUUUCUCAGAAACCGGACAAGGAAAGUAUGUUCCUAGAAGCAUCUAUGUAGAUUUAGAGCCCAACGUUAUCGACCAAGUGCGCACUGGUACCUAUCGCGAUCUUUUUCAUCCAGAGCAAAUGGUUAGUGGUAAAGAAGAUGCCUCGAACAACUAUGCUCGUGGUCACUACACGGUUGGAAAGGAAAUGAUUGAAGAUACACUCGAGAGAAUCCGUCGCAUGGCCGAUAAUUGCUCUGGGUUACAAGGUUUCCUUGUCUUCCAUUCUUUUGGUGGUGGUACUGGUUCUGGUCUGGGUGCUUUACUUUUAGAACGUCUCAACAUGGAAUUUGCUAAGAAGUCUAACCUUCAAUUUUCUGUCUAUCCUGCUCCUCAAGUCAGUACUUCUGUUGUGGAACCCUAUAACUCUGUUCUUACGACUCACGCUACCUUGGAUAACUCUGAUUGUACUUUCAUGGUCGACAAUGAAGCCUGCUAUGACAUUUGCCGUCGUAACCUCGAUAUCGAACGUCCUACCUAUGAAAACUUGAACCGCCUGAUCGCUCAAGUGGUUUCUUCAAUCACUGCUUCUCUUCGCUUCGCAGGAAGUCUAAACGUAGAUCUAAACGAGUUUCAAACUAACCUUGUUCCUUACCCAAGAAUUCACUUUCCUCUUGUAACUUAUUCCCCCAUUGUUAGUAAAUCGAAAGCUUUCCAUGAAGCCAACAGUGUUCAAGAGAUUACGAAUCAGUGCUUUGAACCCUAUAAUCAAAUGGUUAAGUGUGACCCUCGUUCUGGCAGAUACAUGGCUACUUGCUUGCUUUACCGUGGCGAUGUCAUUCCUCGCGAUGUUCAAGCCGCUGUUACCACCAUUAAGGCCAAGCGUACCAUUCAAUUUGUCGAUUGGUGCCCAACCGGUUUCAAGAUCGGUAUAUGUAGCCAACCUCCUCAACAUAUUCCCGAUAGUGGUAUUGCUAAGGUAGACCGCGCAGUUUGUAUGCUCUCGAAUACCACUUCUAUUGCUGAAGCAUGGUCUCGUUUGGAUCAUAAGUUUGAUCUCAUGUAUAGCAAGCGUGCUUUCGUUCACUGGUAUGUCGGUGAAGGUAUGGAAGAAGGUGAGUUUUCUGAAGCAAGAGAAGAUUUAGCUGCCUUGGAAAGAGAUUACCAAGAAGUCGGUCAGGACUCUAUUGAUAAUGAAAUGUACGAAGCUGAAGACGAAUAUUAAUUCAUCCUCUAAUUUCCUUCGUUUAACCCUUCAUUCAUUCGUUCUCUUAUAACCCAUAGGAUAUCGUUCUUUAAUCACGCUACACUUCAGUUAAUCCCUGUUUUGCAUUACAAUAGCUGAUGAGCUGCACAUUCCUUAAACUAUUUAAGAACGCCCUCUGUCGAAACGAUUGGCCUAUUAUUUACGGUCAAAGGAUUUAAUAUCUAAUUUUUCUAUUUUUUAUAUCUGUCGAUUAGAUCCAAUAAACGUUUGUCUUUGUAUUAUAAGCUUGAUACCUAAUUCAAAUUUAUGUUUCUUUUCUUUGUAUCCUAUAAUUGUACUCGAAUUAAGACG